AUGCCUUCAACCGCCGGGCUGAACGUAGCCAUCUACGAGGAUCGCGGCAUAUACAAGCACUGGCUCCUCUUCAUCGACGGGCCCACGGAGGCGGAAAAGUUCAUUCUUCAGACCAUGAGCUGCUCGGGCAACUACCGAUUUGAGCUGGAAAACCUAGACGCUCAUAAACUGCUGAACCUCUCGGAAAUGGUCCAUCUGUGCGACGUGGAUACAUCAGAGAUCAGGGCCAUUACGGACGUGGCCAGGGCUGCGGUUGUGCAUAAUAAAUAUCCCGGAUAUAAAUGCCAGGACUACGUUCUUGAUCUCCUGGACGGCUUGGAGGAGAAAAAUAUUAUCGAUGGUGAUGACGCGGGUUAUAAGAAAAGCAAGGAGGUUGUCAAAAGCAAGCAGGAAGGGUUGGCAUGGAUGAAUGGGAGGCGGCGGCCGGUGGCUGGUGGAACAUGA